AUGACGAGGCGUUUCGCUAAGGACGAGGCGUCUUUUUUCUCAGAAAGUUGCCGACCGUGUUUCAAGGUAACGACGAGGCGUUUUUCAAGAAAGCCGAGCCGUUUCGUGUUGACGAUAACGACGAGGCGUUUUGCUAAGGACGAGGCGUCUUUUUUCUCAGAAAGUUGCCGAGUCGUGUUUCAAGUUCGGAACAUUCUUCCCCCAAUUCCCGACGACCUCUUUGUUGUACGAGAUUCUCUUGCGGCUCGGAGAGUUAAUUGGAGGAAGCAUUUUACAUUUGAGAGAGUGGAAAGAGUGCGAGCCAUCCUUGCCGGAGUACCUGUUAGCUCCUCGUCUUCAAAUUCUUCAGGAGAUACAAGGGAGAAAAUGGUGAUCAUCACUCUCAGAGACAAAAAGAGACGUGAAGAAGAAGAAGCUACAAGACGAGCUGCUGAGGCGGCUCAAACGGAGGUCGAGGCUGUCCCUCAAGACGAUCCGCCGAGCCGCGAGGAGGUAGACGUGAACCGAGCCGCGAAUGCGAAUGUUGCCGAGGCGGCUGUGACAGGGGUGGCGCCCGAGGUGGAGCCGGGCGAAAUUAUCCCCGAGGCGUCCAGAGAAGGCUCCGCAGCACCAAGCAAAACGCCGUCUAACUCGGCUAUCUUGGCCCUGCUGCAAUCGUCGAGGCCCACAGCUUCGAGCCUGUUGAAGCACGAUGCUGGUCGAAAACGAUCAGCUACUGACAAAGGAAAAGGAGUGGCCGAGCGGCCGAAAAAGAAAAACAAACCGACGACCGGCGAACCUAAAUCGCGCAAACUGGUUGUCGACGAUCCGGACGCUUCCACGGUGAUGUUCGCGCGUGUUAAUAAUGCCAACACGCGUCUUCCGCCUCCCGAGAAGCUUAGGAGGCCGAGGUCCUACGGUGCAAUGGCGCAGCGCGACACCAAGCUCUUUUACCUUUUUCUUUUCGUGGCGGCUAUCAACGAGCUAAUGGCUGAGUACGAAUCGGAUUUGGUCAAGGUCGAGCGUCGCCUGGAGGGGGCUCGAAGCGAAGCUGCGGCUGCAAAAGGGAAGCUGGACGAGGCAACAGUCAGGAUCAAGAGGCUGGACGAGGAAAAGAUAGUCCUCCGUGCUGACGUCGACAAGGUGUCGUCCGUGGUCACUCUUCUCGAAGAGGCUAGGAGAGCCAACAGUGCCGAGGUGGCGCUGCUGAAGAGGCGUAUCGAGGCCGAGGAUGCCUUGUUCGACGCCAAGGUCAAACACGCGAAGAAAGAGGCGAGGCGCGAAUUGACCGCCAAAUUCCAAGAGCGCCUUACCAAAGUGGAGGAAGGUCUCGCCAAGCUCGAGAAGGCCAGGAGUGACGAGAAUGAGUUGGGGCAAAUCAAGAGUAACUUUGCUAUGAUUGACCAGCUCCGGAAGCCCGACGACUCAACUUUGGAUGCCGAAGAGGCAAAGUUAAGGGAUUGGGAGAGUGAGUACAUCAACGACGAGGCGUACGAGCGCAUCGUAUCCGAGAUCCGAGGCGAGCUGGUCUUUUCUCCUGUAUCGCCGGAAUCGUCGACACCUGCUUGGACUCCGAUAUUGGGGUUUUAUGUUUAUCGUUUCGUGACCAACUCUGUUGGACGGAGAAUGUCUUUGUCCCCGAGCCGUUAG